ACUUUUGGUGGUGCAAACUGUGGCAGCGCUGUCAUCUCAUGAAAAGAAAAGAUGUCUGCAAUUAACAAUGUGAUACAAACAAUAUUUGUUUAAAGCUGGGGAAAACUUAAGCCGACGAUAUAGACACCGCCACCACCAGCAACAACAGCAUUAACACCAUCUCAACAACAACGCUACCGCUUUAUUACAAGAACAACAACAAAUACAUACAUAACAAAAUUUCAAUUUGUUUGAAACUGGGGAAAACUUAAGCCGACGAUAUAUACAACUAUAUAUAUGUAAUAAAGAAAACUACAAGCGCAGCAUUUUAUUAUUGUGCGCCCGAAUAGCAACUGAGCGAAGCAACGUCUGUAAUUCCAUUUAUAAUAAUUUUUUUGCUACUACAACUGGUCAGUAGCAACCACAGCGACAGAAGAAGCAGCAACAAUUGCAACAUUAAGCAAGCGGCAAAUUAAUAUUAAGCGUAUAUAAACACACACUUAAGACUAAGACUAGUUAGUAUUUACAAAUUUAAGAGCAACAUGUGGAAUUCCGAACCAACACAACGCCAGCAGCAACAGCCACAACAACAACCAUACAAUGGCAAUUCUACCUCGAGCGCCCAGCCCGCCAAGCAAUUGGGCAUGACUUCGGCCAUAAGUCUGGCAGAGCCACGUCCCGAAGAUAUACAACGGACUGAUGAGCUACGCAGCUCUUUAGAGCCUUAUAAUGUAUUUGAAAGCCAGGAUGAACUCAAUCAUCGCAUGGAGAUAUUGGCCAAACUCAAUACGCUCGUCAAGCAAUGGGUCAAAGAUAUAUCCAUGAGCAAGAACAUGCCAGAAGCGGCAGCCGAAAAGCUGGGCGGUAAAAUUUACACUUUCGGCUCAUACCGCUUGGGUGUGCACCACAAGGGUGCGGAUAUUGAUGCAUUAUGCGUGGCACCGCGCAACAUUGAGCGCACUGACUACUUCCAAAGCUUCUUUGAGAUCCUCAAGCAGCAGCCGGAGGUCACCGAAUGCCGUUCGGUGGAGGAAGCCUUUGUGCCGGUUAUCAAAAUGAAUUUCGACGGCAUUGAGAUAGAUUUACUCUUUGCACGUCUGUCGCUUAAAGAAAUACCCGAUGAUUUCGAUUUGCGCGAUGAUAACUUGCUUAAGAAUCUCGAUCCCAGAUCAGUGCGUAGUUUAAAUGGCUGUCGUGUCACAGAUGAAAUUCUGGCAUUGGUGCCGGAUAUAGAGAACUUUAGGCUGGCACUGCGCGCCAUUAAAUUGUGGGCUAAAAAGCAUGGCAUCUAUUCAAAUUCUUUGGGUUACUUUGGUGGCGUUACCUGGGCUAUGCUGGUGGCACGCACAUGUCAAUUGUAUCCCAAUGCUGUGGCUGCCACGCUGGUGCACAAGUUCUUUUUGGUAUUCUCACGCUGGAAGUGGCCGAAUCCCGUGCUACUCAAGCAUCCCGAUAAUGUUAAUCUCAGAUUUCAGGUCUGGGAUCCGCGUGUUAACGCUUCGGAUCGUUAUCAUUUAAUGCCGAUUAUAACACCCGCUUAUCCACAACAAAACUCCACAUUCAAUGUGUCUGAGUCCACAAAGAAAGUCAUAUUGACUGAAUUUAAUCGCGGCAUGAGCAUUACCGAUGAAAUAAUGCUCGGUCGCAUUGGCUGGGAUCGUCUUUUUGAGGCGCCCAGUUUCUUUUAUAGAUAUCGGCAUUUUAUAGUACUGCUAGUUAAUUCGCAGACAGCCGAUGAUCAUUUGGAAUGGUGCGGCUUGGUUGAGUCCAAGGUGCGUCUGCUUAUUGGCAACUUGGAGCGCAACCAGCACAUUGCCCUGGCCCAUGUCAAUCCCAAAUGCUUUGACUUGAAAAAGGGCGGCAAUCCAAAUAGCUCACAGAACAAUAGCGGCAAUGAGGAUGACAGCAAACCACAGUCGUCUGCCACCACAGCGCCGUUCUGUUCGCUUUGGUUUAUAGGUUUGGAGUUUGAGCGCUCCGAUAACCUCAACAUUGAUCUAACCGAAAACAUACAAAACUUCACGGAGCAAGUUUGCCAACAUGGUAUUAACAUCAAAAUGCUAAAGGAAGGCAUGACCAUAGAUGCGCGUCAUGUGAAGCGCAAGCAGCUGUCUCUCUAUUUAGAUCCAGAUUUUCUUAAGCGCGAGCGCAAGUCCAUGGAGAGUCACAAUAAUUUUAAUAAUACGCUGCUGGCCAAUCGCAAGCGUUUGUCUUCGGAGCUGGCGCAGACACAGGAGUCACUGCCAGCGGGACAAAAGUCAGCUGGCGGCAACCGAGCACGCGAAAUUGGCGCUAAAGUGCAUCGACUAAGUGAAUCGCUAACCGAGGAAAACUCCAACGCCUCCAGCGAUGUGGGCGCUCUAACCCCAACUACGCCAACAGCAGCUCAGGAGAACGCACCUAGCUUUAAGGCUUCGGGCAAAAACGGUGCUGAGAGUAGUAAGAUGGAUUGCAUGGAUAGCGCAGAGAACACUGUGCCGGUUUCACAUAAUAAUGGUAGCAACAACAACAGCAGCAACAACAAUGGCAAUGGCAACAACAAUGCUGCCGCUGCCGAAGUGGCCUGCUCGUGACAACCGCCAAUGAAGCAGCAACCCAUACAGCAACAUCCGCCGGUGCCGCCGCCACAGCCAACGCCACAUCAUCAUCACCAUAAGUUUCGCAAAAAUAAUAAUGCAGCUGCCAUUGCUGCAUCCAAUAGCAUUUUUAAUCAGCGCUCUAUAUUGCAUGCGGCUUCAAGUCUAACGGCCGCUCUAAGCAUAACCGGACAUAAGCGCAAGCAUACAGCAACUGCAACAGCAACCAUUGCUGCCCCAACCAACAACACCAGUAGCAACUUUAACCGAAAUGGCAGCAAUUCAACCUUAUGUUAUUACAUAGAUGACGAUGACGACAACAAUCAACAACAGCAACCACCUAACACAAACAUAAAACAACAACAUAAACUAAAACAGCAGCAGCAGCAUCAACUAGAGCCGCCUGCUGUUGGAGCUUUGACCGCAGCAGCAGCAGUCACAUCCAAAAGUGCAACAUCAACAGGUGCUGCCGCCGCAGCUACGGCAACGACAAUUUCUUUGUAAAAAGCUAUUACAUGUACUAUUAAGGCUUAGCUCAUAGUUAACCUCUUCAAUGAUUUCCUUGGGUUUGAUGCCCCCCUCAAAUGAUGGAAGCCCUAAUAUUUUAUACAAAACGGUUUCCAUUUUAAACCUGCAUACUUUUAUUUGAAAAGAUUUAACACGCAACUGCGUAAAAGCAAAAUAAAAGCGGACAAAACGAUCUACAAACAACAAUCCUUUUGGCCGCCAGAAGAGAGCAUAUUGCUAACACUAUGUCCUAAAGUUUUCUCAUCAAUAAUAUUUGUUGUACAUCUUUUUUACUUCCCACAGCUGGAGUUAGAGUGCAGUGCAUAGAGAUGGAGAAAGUUUGUACAAGCUGCAAAGUGAGUGUUGAGAGAGAAUGAGUGAGUUCAGCGCUGGAUGGGGCAUACAACAAAUACGAAUGAAUGAGAAACUAAACAAAAUAACGGCAACAAGAACCGAUAAAAACAAAAAAAA